AUGGAGUUUCUGUUCAGAUGCCUGCGGGCUGAGAUUCAACAGCGAUGGGCUGAGGAGGCUGUGAUAAUUGGCCGUUUAGGGAGAGAGCCCAAUUUCACCGAGUUGACGGAAUUCAUCCGAGAUCGUGCCAAGGUUCCCAGCAGCCGUUUCGGACUACUGGCCAAUAUGAGCAGGCGAGAAGAGAGACAUCACGUUAAGGAAUGA